AUGGUCCUCCACAACCCAAACAAUUGGCACUGGGUCAACAAGGACGGCGGUCCCUGGGCUCAAAAAUGGCUAGAGAACAAUGUGGUCGGCCUCUCUGCCGAAGCCGGUGAGGUCUCUGCAAAGAUCUCGAAGGUCAUCUCUAUGGAUGGCGAUGUCGAAGUCAGCCAGCGCAAAGGCAAGGUCAUCUCCAUCUUCGACGUAGCACUCAAGUUCGAGUAUGACGGCAAGAAUGCCGAAGGCACAGACACAAGUGGCACGAUACGGGUUCCCGAAUGCGCUUAUGACACCGAGCACGAUGAAUUUGUGUUUGAGAUUGAUAUAUAUAGCGAGACAAAGGAGAAGCAGCCGGUCAAGGACUUGGUGAGGAGCAAGAUUGUCCCGCAGUUGAGAGACACACUGGUCAAGUUGGGUCCUGCUCUAAUCUCAGAGCAUGGCAAGGACCUACAACAUGCGCCGGGCUCGAACCCGUCGAGUGGCUUCUCGACGCCGACAUGGCAUCCUAACAAGGAGCGAACACCAAUCCCGUCUGCUUCGUCCACAGCUACCAGCACCGCUGGCAAGUCUUCCAUCAACACCACGACAGUCACCGCCACCGAUGAGUUCCGAACUACGGCGGAGGAGAUGUAUCAGACUUUCACAGACCCCCAGCGGUUAGCUGCCUUCACGCGAGCACCACCGAAAGUGUUUGAGGGAGCAAAGCCGGGUGCCAAAUUCGCAAUCUUCGAUGGCAAUGUUACGGGCGAGUACGUGUCCCUAGAAGGGCCGAAGAAGAUCGUCCAGAAAUGGCGACUUGCGCAGUGGCCGGAAGGUCACAUGAGUAGCCAGGAGAUUGUCUUCGAUCAAAACGACGUCGAUCGCGUUACCAACAUGAGAGUCACCUGGACUGGUGUUCCUGUUGGCCAGGAGGAGGUCGUGCGGCGGAAUUGGGAAGGCUACUAUGUUCGCAGUAUCAAGCAGACCUUUGGCUUCGGCACCAUUCUCUGA